AAGCUAUUCAUGCCAUUUUGGUUUACAGCCAAAGUGUAGAAGAACUUUUGAAGCGCAGAAAAGUCUAUCGAGAAAUAAUUUUUAAGUAUUUGGCAACACAAGGAAUUCCAGUGCCUCCUUCCUCUGAGAAACAUCUACUCAUUGAUCGUGUAAAGCAGUACUGGAGUGGGCAGCUCACACCACCUGCCUCAGAGUCAGGGAACAGAAAACCACAUGCUGAGAGUCAUGGAGAGAGACAAAAGUCACCGCAAGAUGACAUUCAUGAUCUAGGAGAAGAAUUCUGUCAAUGGUUCUUUGAACUCCUAAAUUCUCAACAUCCCUUGGGAGUAAAAUCUGAAGAAAGAUGGGGACCACAGCAUUUUUGGGAGGAUGCUAAAAUGAAGUUCUCUUACAACACAUUAGAAAAAAACAUGGAAGAAUAUGUUGGCGCAGAAAUGGUGAGCCUUCGCCUGCUCUCCUUGGUUAAAGAAGAGUAUCUUCUCUUCAACCCUAAUUUGCAUGACAAUGGACUGAAAUGUGCCAUGUCUCGACAUGGAUUAGUACUGGUAGCAGUGGCUGGCACUGUACACAGAGACAACACUUGUUUGGGCAUCUUUGAACAAAUUUUUGGACUCAUUAGCUGUCCUGUUAGGGAGAAUACCUGGAAAAUAAAAGUUGUGAAUCUUAAAAUAGUUGGACAGAAUGCUCUGGAACCUGGGAUGCAGGUUGAAAAACCACCCAUAAAAUACGAGUCAAAGCAACUGCAAGAGUUCUAUGAUGGGAGAGAACUGACCAUCUUUGAACCUCAGAAAUUCUGA